GAGAAGCGAAGCUGUCUCGUGAAGCAGCACUGCAGGCAGGCAGGCAGCAGCAGGCCAAGAGGAAAGAAAGAGGAGUGAAAAGAGAGAAAAAAAAAAAUUAAUAAUAAUAAAGCUCAGCUCUCACUCUUCUCCCUCUAUUCUAUUCUUUCUCCAGAAUUCAGAUUACAGACUCUCUCUCAAUUCCUAACCCUCGCAUUCAUUCUUUGCUUCCUCCUUUUAUAUCACGAGAUCCCCAUCUCCCUAUUUCUUUCUUCUCUCUCUCUUUUUCAUGUCUUCUUCCAAGUUUUUCCUUCCAAUUCGGUGUCUUCCUCUGUUUUGUGUUUUUAUUCAUCUUACACAUUCCUAGGAAACUGGAGAAAUUGGGAAAAACUUCAUUUUGUGUUCAACGAGAGUAAAAAUCUGAAAAAUAUAAGCUUUUCAUUUUGUUUGGUUAGUGGGAAAAUGUCGCGUUCCGGGAAGCCCAUCUCGGAGCUAGGGCUGGACACGCUCAACGAGCGGUUCCGGGACUCGCUCAGUUGCGAGGCGAACAAGCCCGAUUUCCGAGAGCUCGAUCUGGGCUCCCCCGUUUCGCCUCUCCGGACACGGCACUCCGGACCCUCAAGCAGUGGACUCACCGCCACCACCACAACCACGAGCAGUAGCUCCAGCUCUUCCGGAUCGGUAUCCGGUCGAAAUGGGUACAAUCCCGUCGGAAAAAUCUCUAAUUCUGGUCCAAACAACCAUUCCGGUGAGCUCUCAUGCUCCAGCGAGAGCAGUCCCAUAGCUGGUGACAGCUUCCGAUCCAGCGUAAGCGCCCGGCAUUUCAAAACGGGUCAUUCUAGAUCCGAUUCUGGUGCGAGCCUCCCGAUAAUAUUCUCGGGUCAGGGCCAUACACAUACACAAAGCUCCGUGAAUUCACCGCCACCGAAUGUCCUUCCCACCGGCAACAUCUGCCCGUCUGGGAAAAUCCUUAAGACAAGCGUGACUCCGAAUCGGAGCUCUAGAAACGACGUUUUAGGUACCGGUUCGGGCAAUUACGGCCAUGGGAGCAUAAUGCGGGGCGGUGUAGCCCCCAAGGAGUCCGCAAAUGCAAACGUCACUAAUCUGCGGUCUAGCGGUGGCGGAGACUACGCGCGGAGAUCGAUGGUAGCUGUGGAUCCAGAGGAGGUGAAGAGGGCUGGGAAUGAACAGUACAAGAGGGGACAUUUUGGAGAGGCAUUGAGCUUGUACGAUCGGGCAAUUGCGCUUUCUCCAGGCAAUGCGGCAUAUCGGAGUAACCGGGCAGCGGCGUUGACGGCUUUAGGGAAGCUUGGGGAGGCGUUGAGGGAAUGCGAAGUGGCGUUGAGGUUGGAUCCUAAUUAUGGGAGGGCUCACCAGCGGCUGGCAUCUCUUUUUCUAAGGUUAGGGCAGGUUGAGAAUGCCAGGAGGCACCUCUGUAUUCCAGGAGUGCAGCCAGAUCCAGAUGAGCUGCAGAAGUUGCAGGCUGUAGAGAAGCAUUUAAUCAAAUGCACUGAUUCCCGGAGAAUUAAUGAUUGGAAAAGUGCUCUGAGGGAAGUUGAUGCUACCAUCGCUGCUGGAGCUGAUUUUUCUCCUCAGCUCUUUAUGUGUAGAGCGGAAGCCCUUUUGAAGCUCCACCAAAUUGAUGGUGCAGAAUCAAGCAUAGUAAACGCUCCCAAACUAGAAUCAUGUACCACCUCCUGUUCACUGAGUAGGUUCUUUGGGAUGCUUUCUGAAGCUUAUCUUUACUUUGUCCAAGCUCAGAUUGAGAUGGCAUUGGGAAGGUUUGAGAAUGCAGUUACAGCUGCUGAAAAAGCUGUGCAGAUAGAUCCCCGGAAUGUUGAAGUUGCAGUGUUGCUUACUAAUGUUAAGUUGGUGGCAAGAGCUCGUGCACGUGGCAAUGAUCUCUUCAAAUCUGAGAGGUUCACCGAAGCUUGCUUGGCAUAUGAAGAAGGUCUCAAGCUUGAACCUUCCAACUCUGUUCUUUACUGCAAUAGGGCAGCUUGUUUUUUUAAGCUUGGGCUGUGGGAAAGAUCCGUUGAAGACUGCAACCGAGCCUUGAGUAUGCAACCCAAUUACACAAAAGCACUUCUUCGAAGGGCUGCCUCGAACAGCAAGUUGGAGAUGUGGGCUGAUGCUGUGAAGGAUUAUGAGAUCUUGAGGAGGGAACUUCCUGAUGACAAAGAAGUUGCAGAAUCACUCUUCCAUGCUCAAGUUGCAUUGAAGAAAUCUCGUGGGGAAGAAGUCCAUAAUAUGAAGUUUGGAGGUGAAGUGGAAGAAGUAUCAAGUCUUGAGCAGCUAAGAGCUGCAAUAUCUUUCCCAGGUGUGUCCGUUGUCCACUUCAAAGCUGCCUCUGAUUUGCAAAGCAGGCAAAUAUCUCCUUUUGUGGACACAUUAUGUAGCCGCUACCCUUCCAUUAAUUUCCUGAAGGUGGAUGUUAAAGAGAGCCCAACAAUUGCAAACACCGAGAAUGUGAGGAUUGUACCGACUUUCAAGAUUUACAAAAGUGGUAAGCGAGUUAAGGAGAUUGUGUGCCCAACUCGUGAUGUGUUGGAACAUUCUGUGAGGCAUUACAGCUUUUAGAACUCGAUCUCUGUGCUGUAAUGCUUCUGUGCCCAUUUUGCAUUUUCUUCUAGCUGUCUAAACCCACAGUUUCAUGGAAAUUCUUCCAUUGCCCUUCCAAUCUGUCCUCCCAUCAUCCGUGUAAGGUUUACCAGAUACCUGUGAUAUAAUCGGAACCACAAAAUAAUGUCAGUAGCAGCCAAUGCCAGUGGAACCCGGAGAGGUAGCUUAGUUCCUUUUACAUUUUUAUUUAUUCAUUCAUUCCCCCAUUGGUCCCUGGUUCCAUAUCCUUCCUCCCAGUAAUUUCUUUCUUUUCCUUUUUUGGAACUUCUUUCCUUUCAUUUUAAUGUAGGCCAGCCCUGUUCUUGUAUCCUCACUUCCACUAAGAGAACGUUGAGAAGUAUGUACAAUUUAAUUAAAUUUGGUCCUUAGCUACACUUGAGAGAGAGAGAGAGAAGUGGCUGGCUGGUAGAAGAGGAUAUGUGUACUACGUGUAUAUAUGUGGUGAUAUAUACAAAAAAAAAAAAAAAAAAAAUGGAAGCCUCGAGGGAGAUUUGGAUGUCUGGUUGAUACUUACUAGGGUUAGUGAAAGAAGGAUGAAUAUGUUGUUAUUAUUGUUGUUUAUUCUCUGUUGUUACAUUAUUUCAUCAAUAAAAGUUCUUCCCAUUUUUCCCCUACAACCA